AUGACUGCAGUAAUUGAUAGAUACCGGCGGAAUCUUUCUCCAGAUGUUAUGGAAGAAAAUAAAGAAGAUAUAACCCUGCUUUGGUUGGAGAAAAGCAUAGAUGAUUCUGAAAACUCGCAAUAUAUACAAACAUCAUUAUUUGAACUAAAUACUUUUGUUCAAUUUUACACUGAUCCGCAAUUAUGCAUUGAUUAUAUUCGGACUAUUAGAAAUGAAAAAAUAUUUCUCAUCACUGGUGGACUAGUGACGGAAGAAGUUUUGUCUGAAAUACAUCCAUUGUUAAUGGUUCAUGCAAUAUUUAUAUUCCCUCUGAAUCCUAGCGAACAAACAUUUCUCCUUAAUGAUUAUCCGAAAGUUAUCGGAAUCUUUACUGAACUGGCUUCUCUUAUAGAAUCAGUUCAGACUACCAUCCAUUUGGCUUCAAAACAUAUGAUAGCAUUCAGUUUAUUUGAUCAACAAGAGCAAAAAACUACUCGAGAUUUAUCAAAGAAUUCAGCAUCAUUCUUAUGGAAUCAAUUAUUAGUCGAUGCGCUAAAACAAAUGCCACAAACAGAAGAUGCUAAGCGUGAUAUGCUCGAUAGAUGUUCAGAUUAUUAUCGAACCAAUAGAGUUGAACUCAAGAGAAUUGAAUUAUUUCAUAAUAGUUAUACAUCAGACAGGGCAAUCGAAUGGUAUACUCGUGAUUCUUUUGUUUACAGGCUACUUAAUAAAGCACUAAGAACCGAAGAUAUUGAUUUAUUGUAUUUAUUUCGAUUUUAUAUUAUUGAUUUGUGUUCACAACUGGAACAAGAAAGUAAAAGAAAAACCGUUCAUACAGAAAUAUACGCCCUCUAUCGUGGACAACAGAUACCAACAGAAGAACUUAAUAAACUGAUCGCGAAUGUCGGUGUGCUUGUAUCUGUUAAUGGGUUUUUUUCGACAACUCGUGAUAGCACUAUAGCCAAGGGCUUUGUUGCGGGUGCCAGCAAUACAGACGAAAUGAAAACAAUUCUAUUUGAGAUCAAGGCUAAUUCUAGUUUGGAAAAAAUCGUUUUUGCUGAUGUUGAUAAAUAUAGUCAUAUUGGAGGCGAACAAGAAGUGUUGUUCAGUCUUGGAUCUGUAUUUAAGAUUGACACUGUUCAGUGGGAUUCACAUCAACAAGUAUGGAAAAUUGAAAUGACAGCAACGGAUGAUGGAUCGAAAAAUGUUGAAGAAUAUAUUAAUUCAAUACGACAAGAAAUAGAUGAUAUUAGUCCGACAAUUUUAUUUGGAGCUCUUCUUGUCAAUGAAAUGGGGCAGAUUGAUAAAGCAGAAAAAUACUUUGAUAUGCUAUUGAGAACAUUACCAAAAGAUCAUCGGGAUAUUGCGGAUAUUUAUGAUCAAAUUGCUAAUAUAUUUGUUGAAAAGCGGAACUUAAAUAUGGCAUUAGAAAAUUAUUUAUGUGCAUAUGAAAUACGAAGAUCACGUUUUGACAGUAAUGAUAUUCACAUAGCCAACUCUUUGCAUAACCUGGGCUAUGUUCAUAAGCAAAGAGGUGAAUAUGAUCAAGCAAUGAGUUGUUACAAACAAGUUCUAGCUAUUGAUGAGAAGCACUAUCCCAAUGAUCAUGCAAAUAAAGCUCAUACUAUGAUAUGCAUUGGGAUGCUGUACGAUGUCAACGGAGAAUAUAAUUUUGCAUUAGAUUACAUGAUGAAAGCAUAUGAAAUGUACCAAACACUUUUCCCUAUUGAACAUCCAUAUAUUUCAUCUUCUCUGUGGAAUAUUGGUGGCGUCUAUGAACAUAAAUCCGACUAUGAUCGUGCAAUGCAAUUUUAUCAUUCCGGAUUUGAGAUGGACGAAAGAAUUUUAGCCAAUGAUCACCCUGAUUUUAAGAAAAAUCUAAAUCGAAUCGCUCAACUUUACAUAAAAAAAUGUGAUUAUGCGAGUGGUUUAAGUUAUUUCCAACAAAAGUUAACGCAUCAGAAAGAUUUGCUGGGAAAAAAUCAUCCAAGAGUUGCAUAUACUCUGAUGAAAAUCGGCGAUAUGAUGGAAGACUCUAAUGGAAGAAUAAAUUAUUAUAGACAAGCUUUAACUAUUUUAGAAAUAUGCGCCACUCCUGAUUAUCCAGCCAGAAUUAUUUGUCUGCAAAUGAUUAAUACUAUCGAAUUGAAGAAUGGAUUGAUCGAGGAAGUAAUAAAGAAUUUUCUGAAAAUACUUUCUAUUCAACAGCAAACACUUACAAAAAACCAUCCGGAUAUUGGCUGUACUUUACAGCAAAUAGGUCAACUUCAUUUUGAGAUGAAAAACACUUCGGAAGCUCUAAAAUUUCUGAAAAAAAGCCUUAAGAUUUAUCAAACAAAUUACCCGGAAUCCCAUGAUAACAUUACAAAAAUUGUGACUAAUAUACAUAACGUAGAAGAGAUUAUAAGACAAAGUAAUUGA